AUGAGAACCAAAAUACUAGUUGGCUUACCAUUGUCAUCGACCGGUCGUGGUAAUCACCGGUUACGGCUAGAGAUAUUGGACCCUGCCUCUAAGUUGGACUACACUGUCAUGGCUAACCUUCAUCUCCACGACGAACUGAAGAGCUCAGCCAGAGUGGUGGCCGAAACGCUAUAUGGGCCCGUCAUAGGGGCUCGAUCUGUGAAUGGUGCUGCGGUAUUCCUAGAGGUCGCAUACGCUUUACCGCCCAAGCGCUUUCAAGAUCCUGAGCCCCUACCCACUCAUUUCCGGUAUGACAACAAGGAACAUAUCGAGGAAGCCUCGUACGCGGUACAGCCAAGAAACGACGGUCAAGCGAAAGGCACUCCGUUCGAGGAUAAGGUCGGGUUCGGAAAGCCCACCGAAAACCCCCUGUUCUUGAACAUCGUCGCACCCCCAGCUUUCCCGUCAGGUAAGAAAUACCCAGUCAGGGUGUACAUUCAUGGGGGCUUCCUUCAAUUCGGGUCCCCUCAUUCCUUGAGCUCGCAGGCACAAUACGUUGCGGCAGAGAGGUCCGAAGUUUGGGUGAAUAUCGGUUACCGGUUGUCUGCUUUCGGCUUUCUUGCGUGCGACAACCCCAAGGUGGAUGGUAAUUUCGGUUUCAAAGACCAAUGGUUGGCGCUGGAGUUCAUUAAGGAUAACAUCAGUGCCUGGGAAGGUGAUCCGAGCGAUAUUCAGAUAACUGGUCUUUCUGCGGGUGCGCAUUCUGUCCACCAGAUACUACACCACGCUUCUCGCCUACCCCCGGGCCACAAUGCACCUUUCAAUUCGGCGGUCCUACAAUCCAAUGCAAUUCUCACCAAUCCAAGGACUCCCUCGGAGUUACGCCCCCAGUAUCGUGCCCUCUGUAAGGCUCUUGGGUUAGACCCGGACGAUCCUAGCACUCUCGCCACGCUCCGGGAUCCUGGACAAACGCCGUGGUCCUCAAUAACCCGUGUUAUUGAAACGGGUGCUGUUGGAACUGAAUUUGGCACCUUCCGUGGUUGUCUCGAUGGCAAAUGGAUUGCUGAGUCUCCUGACCCCAUGUCUUGGCAGCGCAGUGGGGGAUUGGCGCAAGGUUUGGGGGAGAAGGGUGUGAAGAGCAUCAUCAUCGGCGAUCUUACCGAGGAAUGGUAUCUCUAUUCAAUUGCUCACCCAGUGCCCCAGGUCGAAGAUAUCGUACCCAAUCUCGAGCGAUAUUUCUCUAAGGAUCUCGUCUCCCGGAUGAUUCAGUUACACAGAACUAUACCAAGCAACUCGAGUCCAAGCGAAGUGCAGAAGCUUUUCGGCGAGAUCCUGAGCAACCUCCAAGUCCACCUGCCUGUGCGGCUCUUUGCAAGGGAUUUCAUGAAAGCUGGCUUCCCUAUCUUGAGGUACGAAAUACAAUGGACCCCGGAACAGAACCGGCCAGAAGGGUAUGUUACCCAUGGUACCGAUAGAUUGCUAUGGGCGUUGAGAUUACCAGUAUUGGACCCGAGGCAAGCAGACAUUGCACGGCGUUGGUUGGACACAAUUGCGAAGGAAAUUCGAGACGUGGAACAUGGGAAUCUUUCGGGUAGUGUGGACAAAAUCCUAAUUCUAGGCAAGGACGGGUCCUUGAACUGGGGCCACGACGGGAAGUGGGAAGAUGUGAUACGGCUCGUGGAGGCACUUGAUGAUAAUGUUUGA